AUUUUCUCCUUCUCCAUCAGACCCGUGCCUCACUCUACCUCUCUCUCCUCCGUCGCAGCAACUCCUGCAUCCUCCUCCCGCCGCUCUUCAUCACCGCCACCGCCAAAUCGUACUGCGAACAAAGCCCAGCCGUCUCUCUCUCUCUCUCUCUCUCUCUCUCUCUCUCUCUUUAUCCGCCGCAAACCCCAACAAAUCUGGGUUCCAUGGUCUCUUCCUAUAAAUAGUGUAGAAGCAGUAUAAUUCAGAUGGAGGGGAAGGAAAAACCUAGCAAAGAUCUGCAGAAUGGUUCUUGCGCCAAAGAGAAGCCUACUCGGCCACCGAAAACACAAGCCGGUGCCGACAGUAACCCCGCUGAGGAUCACAUGGCUGUCGAUGAGCUCAAGGUCGAUGGUGAUGCUAAAGAUAAUGAUGCUCAGGUUACUGAGGUGUGCGUGGGAAGAAAGAGCAAUGGCGGUAGUGCCAGGGUCGCUAACAAACUCAAAGCUCUUGAGAAACAGGUUUCGAAGAGUUGGUUGUCUGAUUCCGAGAGUGAAGAUUGGGAGGACGGGACACCAUUGCAGCAAGCAGCAUUCCUCAGGGAGCUCGAGACUUUCCAUAAGGAGAGGUCCUUGGAAUUUAAGCCCCCGAAGUUUUAUGGAGAACCACUGAAUUGCCUCAAGUUGUGGAGGGCUGUUAUUAAACUUGGUGGCUAUGAUGUGGUGACUACAUCAAAGUUAUGGCGGCAAGUGGGAGAGUCCUUUAAUCCCCCCAAGACAUGCACUACUGUAUCUUGGACGUUCCGCAUAUUUUAUGAGAAGGCACUUUUGGAAUAUGAAAAGCAUAAGUGGCAAACUGGGGAUAUUCAGGCAGCCAUGGGAUCACUCACUCAGAGUACAACUGCUGUGAAGGAGGCAAGUAGUCAUCAAGCACCUGGAUCAGGUAGGGCACGGAGAGAUGCUGCAGCGCGUGCAAUGCAGGGUUGGCAUGCACAGCGUCUUGUUGGAUAUGGUGAGAUUGCUGAGCCUAUUGUCAAGGACAAGAACUUAAGUACUACGCCAAAGCGUGAAAAGAAUCUUAAAAGCAUUGGUUCUUUAAAACACAAAACACCAACUAUUCUGGAUCAUGCUGAGAAAACUGCAAUCAUCGAGGCAGAUAAGCAGGUAGUCAUAAAUAUUGUCGAUCUUGGACCUCCAGCUGAUUGGGUGAAGAUCACUGUGCGAGAAACUAAAGAUUGCUUUGAGCUAUAUGCUUUGGUACCAGGUCUUUUGCGUGAGGAGGUGCGAGUACAAUCAGAUGCUGCUGGACGUCUGGUUAUAACUGGUCAACCAGAGCAUCUUGAUAACCCUUGGGGCAUAACUCCAUUCAAAAAGGUUGUGAGCUUACCUGGAAGGAUUGAUCCAAUACAAACAUCAGCUGUAGUUAGUCUACAUGGCCGGUUAUUUGUGCGCGUUCCUUUUGAACGGGGAUCAUUUUAAAAUGGGAUCAGGUUGGAAAAUUCCUCUCAUGGGUCUAUUGUUAGUUUUGAGGGAUAGGAAUGACAACAUUUCCUUUGGGAGAAAUUUAGGAUGUAACUCAUGUAAGUUAAAAUCAACCCAGCUAAUGUAAUAACUUGAUCAGAAAUCAAUUUAAGAUAAUGUACCAACUUUAAUGCAAGUUAUGGCUAUUCAGUCCAUGCUGUGGCUUCUGUGAUUAGAUUCAUUUCUUGCAUGAUGCGAAAGAAUUGAAAUGUCUUGUACUGUAUUCUUUGCAUCAGCAAAAAUAUGGCAGAUU